AUGAGAGCCAAUUUUUUGCAGGAACAAGAUCGUUUGCUUCGCACUGUAGUUUCUGCUAAACGAAUACUAAGUGCCGUGAAUACAGCUAAGCGGAAUGCUGAAAAUCUGAGACGAUUAGAAGAACUGCAAAGACGGAUGGACACAACUCCUUUCGACAAGGAGUUCAGUGGACAUGACUACGCUUACCUGAACUUGACAAAAUACCGUCUUGUCCAUGAUGGGCCUCUCACUUGUCGAUUCAAUCGCGGUAAAAUGAUUGAGCUUCAUGUUGUGCUUUUGGAGAAUAUGCUAGUGUUUCUUACUAAGCAUAGUGAUGGCAACAAGCUGCAGCUCAAGACUCUGGAGCCAUCGAAAGAGACCAAAUGGUCUCCGAUCAUGCCUUUAGCUCCGCUUAUUGCUAAGGAAAAAGCCAACGACAAGCGUGCUUUUUUCCUGGUAUUCAACAGCCAGUAUGGGGCUCAAAUCUAUGAACUUGUGGCAGCGACAGCAACUGAAAGGAAAACGUAAGC